AUGGGGAAAACCGAAGGUGGGACACUUUCCACAGCGGGGAGCCUUAAUGAGGAGAAAGGUCUGUCUUCCUUAGCACUACACAAGGCUAGAAGAGGCGAGGAAGAAACUGACUGGAUCAAUACAGAAGUAAUUGUAUUCAAAGGGGAAGGAACAGAAAGAAAGGAAGAGAAAAAGGCAAGGAAGGGAGACAGAUGCAAGAAACCCUGUCAGAAAAUGGAAGGACAACCAGAAAAUGAGAAUGAACCAAAGCUUGAGGAAGAGCCAAAGCCUGAGGAAAAGCCAGAGGAAUAGGAAGAACCAGAGGAGGAAAAAAUGGAAGGAACUUUUAGAGAAAGGCUGAUUCAACAGCUCCAGGAAUUUAAAGAAGAUAUACACAACAGGCAUUUAAGCAAGGAAGAUAUGUUUAGAGAAGUGAAUGAAAUAGAUGAGAUAAGGAGAGUAAGAAGUAAACUUAUAGUGAUGCAUUGGAAGGUUAAUCGAAACCAUCCUUACCCAUAUUUAAUGUAG